GGUAAAAAAUAGUUUUAUAAACGCAAGGAAUCAUUUAGCAAUAAAAAUUGUAAUUACCGUCUAUUUCAUUAUUUGCUGCUAAUGUUCUAAAUGUUUGCCAAUAUCUAUCAACAAGUGUUUUACAUUUUUGAAAACUGUAAGAUUUAUCAGCUAUAGGAAAAGCUGAAGUGCUUUGCAGUUGUUCGUGAUAAGAAGAUUCCAAAAAUGGCACAGCUAAAGCCUCUUCAUCUGGCCCGAAGUAUGGAUGCUUUGGAAGAACAAUACAAACUGCCAAAUGCUGUCGAAACUAAGAAAGUAAUGAGGCUUUGCUUUGGUGCCAAUGCUCUGAAGCAAAGCGCUGAUGAGCACUAUCUGAAUCGAGAUGAAGAAGCCGCGUUCAUUCACUAUAUGAAAUAUAUCAGUCUUAUAGACACCAUCAAGAAGCAUCGGGAAUACGGAGACAAGAAGAGGGCUAUUUCGGAGGCCCUAGGAUCAAAUAGAGAUAUUCUCACUGUAUGCGAUAAGCUGGAAAAACUAAAGACUAGUCUAAGCCGACGAUACGCUAGCUCUUAUGCGCAAAAUGAGAGAGAAAUUAAUAAAAUUCGAAGUUUGCAGGACAACAUAAGCCCUAUAAUUUCACAUGUGAAACAUUCGAUAAACGCUAAGGAGCUUUUCGAGAUGAUUAGUAACAAUAAGCUUAGUAUGCUAAUUAUGGAUUGUCGUUCCGAGAAAGAUUUCGCUUCCUCGCAAAUAAAGUACGAUUACGUGGUGAAUGUACCGGAUACUCUAUUGGUGGCUGGAAUGACGGCAGGCAAAAUUCACGAUAAAUUGCCUUCGGAUUGCAAAACCCUUUGGACAUCUCGUAAGGUGAAGGAGCAGAUUGUGCUAAUGGAUAACGAUACACAAGGCACUCCUCAAAAGAACACACCCCUGUGGGUGCUGGGAAAUAUACUGAAAGAUUGGGAUCCAGAUGUGGUUUACAAAAAAGCUUUUCUCGAGGUUGACGGUGGUUUUAAGGAUUUUGUGUUGCAUUAUCCUAUGUGCUGCACAAAUCCAACCUAUUCUCCAUCAACCACUGACCAGAGUGAUAAUCCUCGCUUUGAGGACAUCGAGUAUCCGAACAUCAGUGACAUUCGUAUGAAGGAAGACAGUUUCGGUUCGCAGACAGGUCGCCCUGCGGUUGAUCGAAAUAGCAAGGCAGCUGCAUUACAUAUAUACGAGGCAAAAACCAAAAGUGAAAUACUGGAUGAACAGGAAAAGCUAGUGGAUAAAUCGAUCCAGAAUGAGCGUGAUAUGCUUACGACUGAAAACGAGUUAAAGCAGAUUCAUGCCAUUGAGGCAGAAGUCGCUGACGACGAGGAGAAAAAGGAACUGCGUGAAAAGACCACCGAACUUAAGUACCGUUUACUACAGUUGGAGAAUUCGCAGAAAGAUUACUUAAACGAGAAUAAAUUCCUAAGGGAGCAAGUGCGUACAUAUGAGGAGAAAGAACGCAAAGAAAAGGGAGAACGCAUAUCAAAUCAACAAGCUGCUGCUCUGGAAGAAGAGGCCCGUCGAAGAAUUCAGGAGAAACAGGAAACACAAAACCGAUUGGAUUUGGAGCGCGCUAGGCUGGCCCAGGAGCGUGAAGAACACGAGCGUAUUGCAAAUGAACGCAAAGCUAAACUGCAGGCAGCCUAUGAAUAUAAGCGCUCGUUGAAGGAAAACCUGGAAGAAAGGGAAAUGAAAAUUCCUCAAUUUGAUCGUGCCGCGAAACCAACGAGCGCACUGUCCGAUUACAAUCACAACGUGCAGCGCGAUUUCGCUCCCGUUCUUGGCAGUGUGGAACGUGGACUGACCGGACUAAAGAAUUUAGGAAAUACAUGUUAUAUGAACAGCAUUCUCCAGUGCCUCAGCAAUACGGCGUUCUUUAUGGACUACUUUCAAGAUGGAUCAUUCAGACAGAAUCUCAAUAGGAAUAACAAAACGCAAGGACGGAUUGCGGAAGAAGUUGCAGCGGUAAUAAAAGAAUUAUGGACGGGCCAGUAUAAGUGCAUUGCUAGUAAGAAUUUAAAGUAUGUCGUAGGACAAUACGAGCGCCAAUUUGGUGGGAUCGAGCAGCAGGAUUCCCACGAGUUCCUAACAAUACUAAUGGAUUGGCUGCAUUCCGAUCUUCAAACAGUAAAUAUAACGAUUAAGACGAGCAUAGAAAAUCUUCCGGCGUCCGAAAAAGCGUGGGUGGAAUAUUUUAAGGGAAAGGAAAGCUACAUAGCGCACAUGUCGUAUGGCCAAAUCAAAAGUACGGUCAAGUGCGUCCGCUGCGGGAAGGAAAGUGCAACUUAUGAAUCCUUUUCGAGUCUCAGCCUAGAACUGCCUUCGGAUGCCAACAAAUGUCAACUAAACGACUGCUUGGAGAUGUACUUUGAUGGCGAACGUAUACGCGGAUGGAACUGCCCCCAGUGUAAGAGCAAUCAGGAUGCCAUCAAGAAGCUAGACAUUUCUAGGCUGCCUUCGAUUCUGAUCGUUCACUUUAAACGGUUCUACGCCGAUCCGGAUGCCAUUUCCACUGUAUAUAAAAAGAAGCAGAACUAUGUAAAAUUCCCGUUGGUUGAAUUGGACAUGUCACCGCAUGUGGCGCCAUCGGAGAAGAGCCGCAACCAAAAGCUGAUACAUCGCCGAUACCAACUGUACGGGGUUUCAAACCACUACGGAUCCAUGGAAAGUGGCCACUAUACGGCAUUUUGCCGGAAUAGGGUGCAUCAAAAGUGGUACAAGUUUGAUGAUCACACUGUGUCAAGCCUCGUUAAGUCGGAUGUAUGUUCCAGUGCCGCUUACAUUCUGUUCUAUAUGUUUGUUCCCGAGCAACAUCAGUCGGAUAUGCAGAUACGAUAGGUAUAAUUAUGACCAUUAUUUGGUUUUCUUUCCAUUUCGUUGUCCAGUUUUAGUAGGUACUAAACCGUCAAAAUUGUUCCUACAAGGGGACCAGAAUUUAAAUUCUUUAAAAUAUGAUAUAUUUUUUAAAAGUAUUCGCGCAUUUGUUGAAUAACUUUAUUUGGUUUCAGUUUUAAACCAGAAACGAUGGUACUGUGAUCCUCAAUCAAAAUAUUUCAGAUUAUUUUAAUUCUAUAUUGUUAUAUUAUAUGAGAGAAACUAUUGAUAACAUAUGUAUAUUUUUAAAUGAAAACAAAACAUUGAAUUACAA